GCAAACAGCUUUCUCUCUCUCUCUCUCUCAAAAAAAAAGUGCAAAGUCCCUUAAGUGGGAUAGAAUGGAACAAUAGCAAAUAGCAGCAGCAGCAGCCCUAUUUGGACCAGUAAAGAGCGUUUGAAGUCUGAAUAUAAAGCAAAAACAAACAAAACAAAAAAAUCCCUGUUCUUCUUCUUUCUAUUUACACAUUUUUCUACCUCCACUUUCCUUUUUUUCCCCUCUUCCUUCUGCCUCAAAGCUUUGCUUUUUAUUCUCAUUCAUCACUUUUGUGAAGUACCCUUUUUCUUCUUUCUUGUCCAUUUACUCUUUCUUUUGCAAUAUUUAGCAGUUAUAUGUUCUUUGAUCUUGAUUCUUGAUUCUUGUUGCUGAGAAAUGAGACAUCUUGAUGCAAAAAAUGUGUAGUUUCAAUAUGUUGCAACUUGGUAUAAUCUUUUUCUUUUUAGGACUUUCUUUACAAGCUCAGUCCCAAAAUCCAAACUUUACAUGUAAUCCAAAUGAUUUCAAAGCUUUGGAGGAUUUUGUGAACAGUUUGGAAACAGUUUUUGAUUUUUGGGAUAUUAGAAAUUCAACAAAUUGCUGUAAUUGGGUGGGUAUUACUUGUAAUUCCUCAUCCUCUCCUAAUAUGGGGAGGGUGGUGAAAUUGGAACUUGGAAAAAGGAGGCUAAAUGGGAAACUUUCUGAAUCUUUAGGUAAUUUGGAUCAGCUUAGAACCCUUAAUAUGUCUCACAAUUUCCUUAAAGGUUCUGUCCCCUUUAAAAUAAUGCAUUUGCCUAAUUUGGAGGUCUUAGACUUGAGCAACAAUGAUUUCUUUGGCUUGUUUCCUGAUAGCAUUAACUUGCCUUCACUCAAAUCUUUCAAUAUAUCUGAUAAUUCCUUUGAAGGGUCAGUUCCUUUGGGUAUAUGUAAAAACUCAACAAGAGUUUCUGUUAUUAAAAUGGGGUUCAAUUAUUUUAAUGGCAGUCUUCCAACAGGAAUUGGGAGUUGUGGUUCAUUGGAACAUCUUUGCCUUGGCUCUAACCUUCUUUCUGGUAGUUUACCUGUUGAACUGUUUAAGCUUUCAAGAUUGACUGUAUUGUCUCUUCAAGAGAAUCGGUUCGACGGGCAGCUUAGCAGCCAGAUUGGUAACCUUUCUAACUUGGUUCAUUUGGAUAUUUGUUCAAAUGGAUUCUCAGGAAACAUACCAGAUGUGUUUCAUAGCUUAAGGAAUGUAACUUAUUUCUCAGCUCAUUCAAAUAGGUUUUUUGGUAAAAUACCUCCUUCAUUGGCAAAUUCUGGGACUAUUAGUUCUCUUAGUUUGAGGAAUAAUUCUUUAGGGGGUACCAUUGAGCUUAAUUGUUCGGCCAUGUUUAGUCUUGUUUCUCUUGAUCUGGCUACAAAUGGUUUCAUAGGGUCAGUUCCUGAUAAUCUUCCUAACUGUCCCAAGUUGCAAACUAUCAAUCUUGCUAGAAACAAUUUCGUUGGACAAAUUCCUGAAAGUUUCAAGAAUUUUCAUAGCCUUUCGUCCUUUUCAGUCUCGAACAACAGUAUCCAUAACAUUGAUGCUGCUCUUAGGAUUUUACAGAACUGCAAGAACUUAACUACUUUGGUCCUUACUUUGAACUUUCGCGAUGAAGAGUUGCCUACAGAUCCUAACCUGCAGUUCAGAGAGCUGAAAGCUCUCAUUAUUGCCAAUUGCAGGCUCACCGGAACGGUUCCUCAGUGGUUAAGAAAUAUCUCAAAGCUGCAACUGUUGGAUUUGUCGUGGAACCGUUUGAUGGGAACACUUCCACCCUGGAUUGGAGAUUUCAAGUUUCUAUUCUAUAUGGAUUUGUCAAACAAUUCAUUAACAGGGGAGAUUCCAAAAGAAAUUACUGGAUUGCAAAGCCUAAUCUCUGGCCCUAUUUGGAUGAAUGAACCAUCACCAGAUUUUCCCUUUUUCUUGAAAAGAAAUGUAAGUGUUAAAGGUUUGCAGUAUAAUCAGAUUUUUAGCUUCCCCCCGACACUGGAACUAGGUAACAACUUUUUCACUGGAGCAAUUUGGCCAGAAUUUGGAAAUCUGAAAAGGUUACAUGUUUUGGAUCUGAAAAGCAACAAUUUAUCCGGGACAAUACCAGGUGCCCUGUCUGGUAUGACAAGCAUAGAGAUUUUGGAUCUAUCUCGCAACAAUCUGAUUGGCAAAAUACCCUCCUCUAUUGUGAAAUGCAGCUUUCUGUCAAAGUUCAGUGUCGCUUAUAAUAAACUCUCGGGGGAAGUUCCUACUGGAGGCCAGUUCGCAACAUUUUCAAAUUCAAGCUUUGAGGGCAAUCCAGGACUCUGUGGUGAACAUAGUGCUACUCCCUGUCAAAAUGCCAACCAAAUUCCCAGUGGUUCGGCUGCAAGAGGAAAAAGACGCAAAGGAACUGUCAUUGGCAUGGGUAUUGGCAUUGGUCUUGGAACUGCUUUUCUUCUUGCUCUUAUGUACUUGAUUGUUGUGCGAGCAAGCAAUCGUAAAGUUGUCGAUCCAGAAAAGGAGCCGGAUGCUUCAAACAGGGAUCGGGAAGACUUGGGCUCAAGUCUGGUGAUAUUUUUCCAUAACAAGGACAACAAUAAACAGAUGUCACUUAAUGACCUUUUGGCGUGUACUGACAAUUUUGAUCAAUCAAAUAUUGUUGGUUGUGGGGGUUUCGGUUUGGUCUACAAGGCCAUCCUUCGCGAUGGUAGGAAAGUUGCCAUCAAGCGGCUUUCAGGUGACUAUGGACAGAUGGAAAGAGAAUUCCAAGCAGAAGUUGAAUCGCUUUCAAGAGCCCAGCAUCCAAAUCUUGUUCAUCUUCAAGGAUAUUGCAAGUACAGAACCGACAGGCUUCUAAUUUAUUCCUACAUGGAGAAUGGAAGCUUAGAUUAUUGGUUGCACGAGAAAGUUGACGGACCUGCUUUGUUGGACUGGGAUAUGAGGCUUCAGAUUGCUCAAGGGGCAGCCCGAGGGCUUGCGUACUUGCACCAAGCGUGUGAGCCUCAUAUCCUACACCGAGAUAUAAAGUCAAGUAACAUUCUUCUUGAUGAAGAUUUUGAAGCACACUUGGCUGAUUUUGGUCUAGCUAGGCUUAUUCUGCCUUAUGACACUCAUGUGACGACUGAUGUCGUUGGAACAUUAGGGUAUAUACCUCCUGAAUACGGCCAAGCUUCUGUCGCUACCUAUAAAGGGGAUGUGUAUAGCUUUGGUGUUGUUCUUUUGGAGCUUCUUACGGGCAAAAGACCGAUGGAUCCGUGCAAGCCUAGAGCAAGCCGAGAUCUAAUCUCUUGGGUGAAACAAUUGAAGAAACAAAAGAGGGAAACAGAAGUCUUUGAUCCUUUGAUAUACGACAAGCAGCAUGCGGAAGAAAUGCUAUUGGUUUUUGAAGUUGCUUGCCUUUGUUUGCAUGAAUCUCCUAAAAUAAGGCCUUCCUCUCAGCAGUUAGUUACUUGGCUCGACAACAUAAACACCCCGCCUGGUAUUCAUGUGUUUUAAGAGGAAAUUUCUUGUCCUGUACGACGAUAUUACCUUUGCGUUCAUUUUUCAGGAGUUGAUAACUUAUAUUUCAGCGGAUUUCCUGCACAUAUGGCAAUGGAUUCUGGUGUAAAUAUUUGUCCUCAAGAAUGAAGGGCGAGAAGGGAUUAGUGAUGAGAGUCUUGACAGAUAUCUCAUACAUUGCAAGUGUUUUACUUUCCCUUUUUGUAAUUUUCUGGAAUUGUCGAAUAUAUAUGUUUCUUCUCAAACAUGUACAAAUAACAUUGUGAAUUUUGUAUGAUCUUAUCUUACUUUAUAAUAGAUGGACACCAUCAAUUUAUUCCCUCUGCA